GUCAGCUGUCGCGCUCAGCUGUGCAAGGGCGCCUGCGUCUGAGAUUGUGAAAACAAAUACCGAAAGACUCCGAUUCGUGUCAAGUCUAUCUUCGGGAAAGGAACAGGUUCUCCAACAUGGCUCAGCCAGCAGAAAGAGCCUACUACAGAUUCUUGUUACUAUUCUUCAACUGUCUACCAGGCUUUGCUUCCUGCUUCUACUAUGCAAUUCCCAGUGUGCUUCAGGACAAGUUCCAGGGGAAUAUCACUUGUUUUAAUUCUACUGUGACUAAUGGGACAACAGAUUGUGUGGAAGGAUUGGGAAUGACCCCAGAGCAGUACAACCUUCUCUUUGCUACCUAUGCAUGGACAAAUGCUGUGGUGGUGAUACUGGCUGGGUUCUUCACAGACAAGCUGGGAAAUUGCAUUGGUGUCAUCUUGUCCUACUUUAUUAUUAUGCUGGGCUCGGCUACCUUUGCUUUGGGAUCCCAUUUCAAAGGCACCAGUUACCUACUGCCAUUGAUGAUCAUUGGCCAAUUUCUCGUUGGCUCAAGCAGUGGGUCAUUCUUUCUUGUUCAGGACCGUAUUAUUGCUUUCUGGUUCAAAGAUAAGGAGUUGUCAUUGGCCUUUGGGCUGAAUGUGGCCUUCUCCCGUCUUGGCAGUGUCCUCAACUUUUUAUUCACCCAAUCUUUUGAAGCACAUUUUGGGCUGCAGUGGACUCUUUGGGCAGGAACCUUGCUGUGUGUUCUUGGCUUUAUCUCAGCCAUCAUCGUUGGCAUGCUGGAUAGAACCGGUACAAAGCAGCUGGGACUUGACGUUGUCCUCCUGCAGGAAUCCAAAAAAGUGAGGCUAAAGGAUAUUUGUCAUUUCUCUCUCCGCUACUGGCUUCUGGUUCUUACCAUCAUGUUCUUCUAUAAUGGAUUCUUCCCAUUUAUUGCUGAUGCCACCAAGUUCGCUCAGGAUAAGUAUUCUAGGUACAGUCUUCAGGAAGCCUCCUACAUCGCUGGUGCUGUGUUCGAUACCUCGAUGCUUCUACUACCCAUUGCCGGAAUGCUGAUUGAUUACAUAGGAUUAAGAGGAAUACUUGUCUCGCUGUGUGCUGUGUUGACAGUCCCUGUUUUCGCACUUUUGGCAUUCACCUUCGUACCAGCAUUGGUUUUAAUGAUAUGGCUGGGAGUCACCUAUUCAUUUGCUGUUGCAAGUCUGUGGCCCUCCAUCAUUUUAGUGGUUCCUUUGGCAAACCUUGGAACGGCUUUAGGAAUCGCUACAUCAGUGCAAAUGAUUGGUGUUGGUCUUUGCAACUUGAUUGUUGGACAGAUACUUGGAACCAAAUUCAGUGAUCCAAAGAUCCCAGUGUGGCGCUGGCAGUGGAUGAUGAUCUUCAUGCUGGCCAACACCAUCUGCUGUUUCAUCACUUCCAUCAUUCUCAAUGUAGUGGACACAAGACAGGGUAACACAUUGAACAAAACCCUCAAGCAGCUUGAAGCUACAAAAGAAGAAAACCAAGCAGCAUCAGAGACAUCCCCUCUGUUAACAGACAGAGACAAUGACAACUGAGGAAUGAUUUAGCUGUUUUGCUCUGAGAGAGAAAAUGGACAAUUCUCCAGAUUAACUGGUUUCUUUUCUUUUAUUGAAGUGUGAUUCUCCCAGUAUAAUCAAUUUUCAAGUGUCAUUUCAAAAUCAACAUUUUUUUUGCUGGUCAUAGAACGAAAGAGCUGCUAGUGGACUUCAGGAACCUGCUCACUCUCCACUUCUGAUCCUUCUAUGAGGAUUGGUAUGUGUUCCUUUGUCUUACCCUUCCUGAACUUCACAAUCAGCUCUUUCAUCUUACUGACAUUGAGUGCCAGGUUGUUGCUGCGGCACCACUCCGCUAGUUGGCAUAUCUCACUCCUGUAUGCCCUCUCAUCACCAGCUGAGAUUCUACCAACAGUGGUUGUAUUGUCACCAAAUGUAGAGCAGUGGGCUAAGCACACGCCCCUGAGGUGCACCAGUGUUGAUCGUCAGUGAGGAGGAUAUGUUAUCACCAAUCUACACAGAUUGUGGUCUUCCAGUUAGGAAGUCAAGGAUCCAAAUGCAGAGGGAGCUACAGAGGCCCAGGUUCUGCAACUUCUCAAUCAUGAUUGUGGGAAUGAUGGUAUUAAAUGCUGAGCUAUAGUCGAUGAACAACAUCCUGACGUAGGUGUUUGUGUUGUCCAGAUGGUCUACAGCCGUGUGGCGAGCCAUUGAGAUUGCAUCUGCCAUUAACCUAAUGAGGUGAUAGGCAAAUUGCAAUGGGUCCAGGUCCUUGCUGAGGCAGGAGUUCAGUCUAGUCAUGACCAACCUCUCAAAGAAUUCCAUCACUUUCGAUAUGAGUGCUACUGGGCGAUAGUCAUUAAGGCAGCCCACAUUAUAGGCACUGGUAUAAUUGUUGCCUUUUUGAAGCAAGAGGGACCUUCCACCCAUAGCAGUGAGAGGUUGAAAAUGUCCUUGAGUACUCCCGCUAGUUGGUUGGCACAGGUUUUCAGAGCCUUAACAGGUACUCCAUUGCCUUGCGAGGGUUCACUCUCUUUAAAGACAGCCUAACAUUGGCCUCUGAGACGGAGAUCACAGAGUCAUCAGGUGCAGUAGGGAUCUUCACAGCUGUAGUUGUAUUCUCCCUUUCAAAGCAGCGUGCAUAAAAGGUGUUGAGUUCAUGUGGUAGUGAAGUAUCGCUGCCAUUCAUGCUAUUGGGUUUCUCUUUGUAGGAAGUAAUGUCUUGCAGACCCUUCCAGAGUUGCCAUUCAUCCGAUGUUGCCUCCAACCACGUUCGAAAUUGUCUCUUCACUCUUGAAAUUGCCCUCUGCAAAUCAUACCUGGUUUUCUGGUACAGACCUGGGUAACCAGACUUGAAUGCCACAGAUCUAGCCUUCAGCAGACAACAUACCUCCUGGUUCAUCCACGGCUUUUGGUUUGGAAAUGUACAGUAGGUCUUUGAGGGGACACACUCAUCCACACAGGUUGUUUUGAAGUCAGUCACAACUGCAGCCUACUCAUCCAGGUUCGACGAUGAAUCCCUGAAUAUAGUCCAGUCCACCGAUUCAAAGCAGUCCUGUGGGCGCUCCUGUGCCUCCCUUGUCCAUACCUUCUUGGUUCUUAUUGCUGGUGCUGUAGUCUUCAGUCUCUGCCUAUACACCCUAUCCUCGUUAUAUGCAGGAGAUACGUUCCUCGAAGUUGACACAUAAUGUGAAUAAUUAUUUAAAUGGAGAAAAUAGGGAUGUGUUCCAAAGGGCUUCCUAAAUAUAUUUUAUCUGUAAUUUAUUCACAUUUUCAUACCAAUACGACACAAAAGCAGUAGUACAAGACAUUUGUAUUAUAUUUCAUCAAUUUAAGGUAAUAUUCAAUGUAAUAAAUCAUAGAAAGUUAACAUCCUAGGGUGUACAGUACUCACCAACAGUGGCAGGUGUGUUCGUUCCAGUAGAUAAGUGGUUGUUGUGGUGGCGGGCAGCUUUACACGGAUGAGGUGGAUGGUUGUGGUCGUCAGGAUCAUAUCAAGCACAGCAAGGGGUGAAGGAAGACUCACAGAAUUCUUAGAACUGCCGGCAGAAGGUGUUGACGAUCUGAAUAAAGUGUGAGGGUUGUUCGCUUGGCAGCAUUUUGUUUUAAAUUUGCUUGUAGGGAAGAAAGGUUGACGGCAGGGAACGACCGAAAUGCUGACUCUAUUCUAAACGUGGGUCCAUGCCAAUCGCCAUUUGUGCCAAGUGUUCCGAUUUCCACCAUUCCCUCACUGUUGGUAAACUCCUGGGAUUUUCAAAAUCGUCUGUUGCUUACAGCAUCUGAGAGAUAGUUUGCGGUAAAAAAAAAUACCCACGCCUUGAAUGUGGAUUACACCUUGGUCGAGUGGUUGAAUCAGCAAUGUUGUGUUAAGCAGCAGGAAACGCACUGUUAUGUUAGGAUGAAUGCCGUCCAAAAGUUUAGGAUGGGCUGGUGCAUUGUCAAACAACAAAAGAACUUUAAAGGCAAGAUUCUGUUCCCAGCAGAAGUGUCCCAGAGCUGUGUUACCUUCAGGCUGACGCUGUGCUGUAUAUAAUUUCCAACUUUUUUACAAGUGUGAAAGCGAUUCUCUGCCGCUCGGCUGAUGGCCCAAAACAUGACAUCAGACGCUUAGGAGGCAUGGUUAAAUAUUUCAAGCGCAAAAUCACUGCACCGUAGGUAAAACCAACAGAAGUUUAAGAUCGCGCAUCCACACCUUGCCAAGACCAAUGCGGGAGCGGUGGGAGAGAGACUGUGAGGUGCGUGCACCUGACUUGUAUUGGCGGGAAAGCGGUGUUUCUCGUCCCAACUGUGAGGUGCGUGCACCUGACUUGUAUUGGCGGGAAAGCGGUAUUUCUCGUCCCAACUGUGAGGUGUGCGCACGUGACUUGUAUUGGCGGGAAGGCAGUGCUCCUCGCAUAACUGAGUUUUGGACGCAUAUAACGAGACGUUGGUAGAAAUAGGUUCCUCGGAGUUGAACGGUGGUGAGAGUGAGCAGACCUGGAGUCGAGCAGAGCACAGAAUCUGAGCCGGAGUCGUAGUUGUGACUGGAAAAAUGGCGGAGAGAGAGAACAUCAAGGAAAGAGCCAAGCCGUUGAAGAAAGUUUUUGGCGAGAGUGGAAGUGAACUAGAGAUGGAGGUUGGCGGGAAAGAAGAACGGAAUGGAAAGAGGAAGAAAAGAAAGCAGAGGUAUGGGAUAUCAAACUCUGAUGAGUCAGCGGAUGAUCCAAACAGGACAGCAAAACGAUGGAAAGAAGAUGAGAUUAAAGCAAUUGUAAAGCUAAGUGAAGAUGGGGAGUCUUUUGGUGAUUGGAACCCAAUUCGUUUGACGAAGAUGCUCAACAAAAUUAUAGGUGAGAAUAAAGGAGCAAAGAUUUUAUGAAAUGCAUCGCUAUUAGUGAUUUGUUGGGAUAGUGCUCAGCAAGGCAAAGUGUUAAGAUUAUGUAAAAUAGAUGACAAAGAAGUACAAUGCUCAAUACCCAACAAUAGAAAGUGGACUAGAGGAGUUAUUUUGGGGAUAUCAACAGAAGUUACUAUGGAUGAGAUUAAAUAGAACAUAAAAGGAGAAAAAAUUAUUGAGGCCAAACGUUUGAAAGUUAC